UCCGCUUUCUCCUCCUUCUGGAAUGGCCCCACUGGCCCUAGAACUGUCCAUUUCUGGGCUCCGGUGAUGAAGUGGGGAUUGGUUAUCGCCGGUGCGAGUGAUUUUGCACGUCCGGCUGAGCAGUUGUCAUUGAGUCAGAAUGCGGCGUUGGUCGCGACGGGUACGAUUUGGACGAGAUGGAGUAUGAUUAUCAAGCCGAAGAAUAUGAUGUUGGCGUCUGUGAAUUGUCUUUUGGCUACUGUCGGUUCGAUCCAGCUUGCUCGUAUUUUC